AUGGUGUCAUACGAAGUGCCAACACCACCAAUAACACUGUGGUCGCGGUUCUUCGCGGAUGGUGUAGACACGGCGACAGCAAGGAGAGUAACACUGGAGAUAGAUUUUGUCGUGGACCUUACCAAUGAAGUUCAGCGAAGUGGGAGUAAUGUCACAAUCUCAUGGAUUCCUGCCAAUUCCAACGUAACCAACAUCCUCCUGGCUUUCUACUAUCACCGAAAUGGUUUCCCAGAAGCAGUUGGCGGUUUCAAUGGUGCCCAGCAGGAUAAGCCAGGUUCAUGGGCCGCUUUCGUCGUGGAUCACUUCUCGCCAAGCGGAGUUGAAGUGUCGUCUAAAUUCGUCCAGGACAACAUACUCUCUCGAAAAGGAAUCGGAGAAAUGCUCGCUCGACCUGGUGAAAUACAUGUGGGAGGACAGCGUAGAAUUUCGCGGUCAGGUUUGGUGGACCGAGGCUCUUGCAGAUCGGUUUCAUGGGAGACACGGAUAUGCUGUCAACAAGUUUCUCCCGAUUCUUCAUAG